CUGGUUUUGUAUCACUUCCCACCUAAACCACCAGUAUGGGACGAGCCCCUUUAUCAGACGCAGAGCUCAACGCCAGAGGUUUCCGCCGCCUCCCUUCGCCAGAUGACGGCAGGGUAGUGUGCAUCGCGUGCCAUCCAGUCCCCAAUCCAAUCGGUCGCAGGAAUAUGAUUUCUCAUGAGACAACCGAUAAACAUAAGAAAUCAUUGUCGGAGAAAGCAGUCAGAGAUGCUGAACUGAGCUACCAAGCGCGAUGGAAAGCUCAUUCUGCGAACACGGCAAAUGCGUAUGAGAUCCCUGUGUCAUAUGCUCCCGGACAUUCAAUGGCGACACGGUUUACCGACUCCCAAUCUCGCACCUACAGCACUAACAACGCCGUAACUAGCGACCCUCUGCCCCUUCUCGCCGGUGACAACCCUCAGGAGCCUGCCCCAUAUACGGACUAUGAACCGGUAUCCGAUGAGGCUCUCUUACCAACAACAAUCGAGGAGCAUGAAGCCCAUGUUACACACUUGUGGCAACAAUGUGAAGAUGUAGAUAUAGAGCCAGAGAUUAUGGAGGGCUUCGAUCCCGUGGAAGAUAGCAGACAUCCUGCAAGAUGGAACAAACACAGCCGGUCGCAACUCCCAUCGGCCAGCCAUAAUAGAAAGAGCGAAUGGGCGCCUUGGAAAUUUAACAUGGGGGGAAGCACUCAAGAAAUUAUUCUUUCACAUCUAAAUUGGUGUCCUGGUAUGGUUGUAUCAAACUCUGAUGGUAAUACAACUACUUGGGUAAAUAAGAUUGGUGAAUCAUUCUCUAGAUAAUAUGACAAUAAUUCUAUGCAGAGUAUAU